AAGGACAUUCGCUAGCGAGAGUAAGCUGGUUCAACAGGAUCAAACGAACCACGUAAGCAGUGUGGCUUGAAAAUACUAGAGAAUGGCAGAGCAGGGUGCCAGGCCCUGGCGUAUACUAGUGACAGGGGGCACAGGGCUGGUGGGCCGGGCGAUCGAGAGGGUGGUGAGAGAGGGUGAGGGCCAUGACGAUGAGGAGUGGAUCUUCCUGUCGUCCAGAGACGCUGACCUGACGAGCGCCACAGAGACGCGGGCUGUGUUUGAGAAGCACCGACCCACCCAUGUCAUCCAUCUGGCUGCAAUGGUGGGGGGGCUGUUCAGGAACAUGAGCCACAACCUGGAUUUCUGGAGGAACAACAUCCGCAUGAAUGACAAUGUCCUCCAGACUGCCCAUGAGCUAGGGGUCUGCAAGGUUGUGUCCUGUUUGUCCACCUGCAUCUUCCCUGACAAGACCACCUAUCCCAUCGAUGAGACCAUGAUCCACAACGGGCCACCCCACAGCUCCAACUUUGGUUACUCGUAUGCUAAGAGGAUGAUCGACGUGCAGAACAGGGCGUAUUUCCAGCAGCACAGGGACCUCUUCACCGCAGUGAUCCCCACCAACGUGUUCGGCCCGCAUGACAACUUCAACAUUCAGGAUGGCCACGUGCUGCCGGGACUAAUCCACAAGACAUACCUCGCACAAAAAGAGGGCUCAAGUCUGACGGUGUGGGGAUCAGGAACGCCACGAAGGCAGUUUAUUUACUCUCUGGAUUUGGCUCGUCUGUUUCUCUGGGUACUCAGAGAGUAUAAGGAAGUAGAUCCGAUAAUCCUGUCAGUGGGUGAGGAGGAGGAGGUGUCUAUUAAAGACGCAGCAGAGUGUAUUGUGGAGUCUCUUGGGUUCAAAGGUCAAGUGGUAUUUGACACCUCCAAAGCAGACGGCCAGUUCAAGAAGACAGCCAGCAACAAGAAGCUGAGGCAGUACCUCUCUGAGUUCAAGUUCACCCCCUUCCGACAAGCUGUGAAGGAGACCUGCGACUGGUUCGUGGCCAACUAUGACACAGCCCGGAAAUGAUGCCUCUUUUGCCUUACUGGAGGAGCAGCUGUUCGUCAGUUUCAGCUACCUCAAGAAAACACAGAUCGUUCUGGGACAUGGAUUCUCAGACUCUGUUCCUGGGGUCUUCAGUUUUUGUCUAAAAACUGAGUAGUAGUAAAUUUGUUCAUCUAAUUAUUAGACAAACCUUAACACACUUAAGGUGUCUUACUUUGAACCUUCUCUUCAUUAAAGGUACUGUUAUCUAUGUAGCAUUCUGGAACCUGGUUAUGAAUAUUAAAAUUAUGCAGUUAGUUUAUUAGGCCAUUUUUGUAACUGAGAACAAGGACUGAAGAAAUACCAGAAGAGACAGUCACUAGACCCCUAGGAAUUGAGUCUUUGACCCCUGUUUUGGGACAGUUAGGGAAAUAAAUCAGCUGUAAAUACUCAUAUUCAUAAUUGUAGCCUUGACAGACUGAAACAGUUGAGAAACAUGAAUUCAGAUUGGAAGAAACAGUAACAGUUAGAAAGGACACAGUUUUUUUGCUGGACAUAAUUUAAUCAAUUCUGAACAUGUUUCUGACCCUGAAAGUUCAUGUGGUGUGGUCCAGUGGUUUUCUGGUUGGUGGCUAUAUUUGGUUUGUGGGUCUUCCAUGAUUCUCUUUGGUGUUAACAGCUGUAGUUGUCUCUCUAAUUUCACUUUCUUGACUUUGGGUCGCUAGGUGUACUCAACAGAAUCAGGGUUGAUCGCCUGUUCUUCAGUUAGCAGCACACCUGGAGGUCCCAGAGGGCAGAUCCUGCUAUCCCCAGCUCACGCCUGGGCCUAGAAGAUUACAGCUUUAUCGGGAGCUCAACACUAUCAAUGAAUAAAAGGGCUGCUGUAAUCAAUUGAGUCAAUUAUUGAUUCAGCUAAGUCAUUAGGAGAUCAAACUGAGAUGAGAAUCGGAAGGCUUUGUGGCUCUUCGGGAACAUGAGAUUCACUGCUCUAGUGCAUUCAUGUGGUGGACAUCCUGCCACCUACCCUAAACCUAUAAUCCCUAUCUGUGACGCUAUGUGCUUUUUUUGUGUGCAGACAUCACCUUUGCUCUCACACAUUUCUUUUCUCAUUUUUAUUUUUUCAUACUGAGGGACCAGCUAAUGGAGGAAAUAGGAUGCAUCAACUACAACUGCUAACUAGAGCACAACCUCUUAAAAUCAAAAGGAUUAAUGAAUGAUUUAACUAGUGUAUAAUAAUUAGAAAUGACCAUUUGUUCCUGAGGUGAUUUGGUAUAGGGUUUGUAAUGUACAGUGCUGUACUUGUUAGGUGUUGCUGCUCAGGAAGUGCUGGAAAAUUUAAAAAAAGGCCGUUUUGGAGUUCUGUCACAGUUUGAGGUAUACUGAGGUAUCUCCAUUCAUACACAGCGGGGUGUUGUGCCUCUGGUUGUGAAUCUCUGGUUCAGGGCUGCUUAGGGCCUAAUGUCUUCUAGCUCAGAUGUCCAUUACUUGAAUGGAAUUUCCCAAAUUUGCCUUUUUUAAUGUUUUCAAACCUUUAGAAUCCGAAAGCUUUGCAUAAAAGAAUUAAGUAGUUAAUUUAAGUAAGUGACAUCUCAUCUCCAAACGUAAAAGAGAGUGUGGCUCAUGUGUAAUGCAAUCCAAAAGCUGUGCUCAGAAAAAUCGAGUGCAACUCUCAGCAGAUGAGUCAAGUACAUCAGUUGAUGUUACGUUGAAUAAAUUGUGUGUGACAUUGAA